AUGGCAAACAAUACAACACGAUGUUCUACAUGUAAUAAAAAUAAAAUAACAUAUCCUUGUGAAGGAUGUUCACAAAAAUUUUGUUUAAUGGAUUUAACAGAACAUCGUCAAAUAUUAAACAAUGAAUUACAUCAUAUCGCCAAUGAAUAUGAUCAAUUUAAACAAACAAUUAAUGAACAAAAACAAAAUCCACAAAAUCAUUCAUUAAUAGACCAAGUUAAUCAAUGGGAAAUAAAAUCAAUUGAAAACAUUCAACAAAAAGCAAAAGAGUAUCGAGAAAUCCUCAUUAAAUCAUCUCAAACAUGUAUUAAUAGUAUUGAAAUGAAAUUUAAUGAUUUACGUAAACAAAUAAAAAAACUUCAAAAAGAAAAUGAAUUUAAUGAAAUUAAUUUAAAUUAUUUAAGAAAUGAAUUAAUAAAAAUGACAAAAGAAUUAAAUAAUCCAUCAAAUAUGUUUAUUCACCAAAUUUACAACCGCUCAUUAAUCAUAUUUCAUUCAUUUUACCGAAAAGUAAGUUAUUAA